AUGAGUCUCCCGAACAGUCUCCCGAACAGCAUGAAGCAGCCAGAUGACAUGACUCCUCAAGAAAAAGAGACCUACGGGGAAUGGCUCAGGAAUGCCUACAACAAUGGCUACGAGAGAUGGAUGCCCUGGAUUGAGGACCUGUAUCUGAGAUGGUUCGGAAGGGGCGACAAUAAAGCUUCCUAUGCCACCAAGGACUCCCUCUCCAAAACGAAAAUCACCGGCGUGAAUGAAGCGGAUCAAAUCCAGGAUGAUGUGAAUAAUCUCGUUGGCAACCAGAUCGGUGACAAGGGACUAUUGAAACCCGUUGGACAAUUUGUGUCAAAGGAGGGAAUCAACCGUGCUGAAAGAAAUGGAAAGGAGGAAGAUGGAUCCUAUGGAGGCUCUGCGAUUAUGGACACUGGAGCGAAGGGUGUGAAUAGUAUUGGGUCUGGUGUGUCUCAAGGUGCUGAGUCGGCUAAGAAUCUUACUUCCGGGGGUUUGGCUAGUGUCAAGGGUUUUGUCUCGGGGUAA